AUGAGGGAGAAAGCGGCGAGGACGGCUGCGGUGGCUCGCCCGCGGCGCGGCGGUGGCCUGUUUUUGCGCGCCGUGGGAUUGCGAAGCUCGACGGAGAGGCCGACGGCGCGCAACCCUUUCGCUCCGCCGCGGGAGCCGUUGGCCGCCGCUGCCGCCGGGAGUCGACGGAGGGGCGCGCGCGCCACGCGGCCCUGGCCUGGCGCCGCCGACCAGCCUUCUCGCGAGGGCAGCGAGCACACCGCCGUGUGGGCAGUGCUGUGUGCCGGCGGCGGCAUCGUCUCGGUGUUGCCAGCGCUGUGCAGUGUGUGCUGUGCGCUCUGUGAGGAGCGGGUAUGGUAUGCUUUGCACGCGGUGGCUGCUGCUGCUGCUGCAACGCAGCGAGCUACGAGGGCGGAGGCCGCCGCACCACCAUGUGGAGCCGCGUCGCUUUGCAGGACUGCCUGUUGCAAGCGCAACAACAUUGGAUAUACGCACAUACUCGAAGCACUGACGUGUUCGUUUCUUCAUUCGCGGUCCGGGCAUGUAGUGGGAUCUUCGCCGUUCUGGAACAGCGCCUGCAGCCCUGCGGUCCAUGGGCCCGCUCACUGCGAGUCCUCAACUAACGUUGGAACUCUUCAGACUGGUCCAAAAGGAGAUGUCCUUUCGCAGUGCUACAACUCCAUGGGCAACAAGAGCGUGCCGCCAACUGCGAGAGGAGAGCUGCCCUCGCCGCCGACUCGGACCGUGCGUCGAGUGAACGUUGCGUUUCUGUGUGCACCUGAAGUGAGGUAGUAGGUUGUAUAGUUCAGAACUACAUCUGCCAAGGAGAGCUAACUGUACAACUUGCUAACUUUCUUCGGGUCAUACAAUGUUCGUCGAGACUGCCUUCACGUUUGAAGACGCGCCUGCUGCCCCGGGCUAAGAAGUGCCUCGCACUUUCUCCUUCUAUAACGUAACGUUCUUACGGUGUCUUCGCUGAUCGUUGCGUCUACAGCCGAGGAACAACCUUGGACGGCCACCGUUUGAAGACGUAAAGUUACAUGGCCUGUUCUGUGAGGUUGGCGUAAAGGUAGGUACGCUUCCAUGGAUGACUCGAUGAAGAAGCACCGAGAUCUGCACAGCCACCGGACAUCUUCGUUACUCAGAAAAUUGACAGCGGCAGCGGCCCUGUUCCCCACUCCCUGAGACCCUUACUUGUGAUGCGUUCUGCGCCGCCUUCCCAGGUUAGGUUCUCAGGCCCUGGGUAACAGUUUGGAGAACGCAGCGGUCGUCACGUUCAACCUGCAGUAGACAAAGCACAAUAUUCUCGGGUCGGCGCUGUUCGCUGCAUGCUAGCGAUCUCUCCGUAUACGCUUUAAGUUUAGAUCUGUCUGUAUGCACUUAGGUUUGGAUCUGUCUGUAUGCACUUUAGGUAUAUAUAGUUUCGCACAGCACCGUGUAUAUCUAAAGCAUGCAUUCGAGUUACUGAUUUCCCGUAUACCCUGUAUUUGCGAAAUUUUGGAGUGCUUGAAGCAGUUGUCACGCCUCUGUCCGAGCUAAGCCAAGUGGGUAAGAGUAUGAAUACUGCUUUACUUAGGUCAGUUGACAUGGAAAGUCGUAGUAAGGGAUGUGCAACGAAAUUUCAAUUUUGUCUAUGUGGUGAUUCUUUCCGUACAAGCCAGAUCACGCCAGAGCCUUCGGACUCGGUGGCACAGAAUCCAUGCAACUGUUCGGAACGUGCCAAUCAGUUCAGAGGACUCGGCUAAGAUCAACUCAGGCUGCCUUGGGCAGCGCACAGAUCACGCCACGAUAGGCAGCGAAAUGGUGUGGUGUUCCUCUACAAGAGCAUAAAUAUAGUUUCGCUGAUUACUCUAGUUUUGAAUAAUUGGCAUGCUGCUGGACAGUGACGUGCGUAUCCUUGCGGUAUCAGCUGCGAUAUUUCUGAUAAUUAGCAUCUCAACAAGUUGGCGUUGAUCUAGGCGACGACAUUGCGACAUAGCCUAACACACUGGGUAGGCAAAUCUGAUGUUGAAUGUAGUCCGUCGUUGAGUAAACGAUUUGUUGCACUGUGGUGAAGACAGCAUCGCCAGCACAUGCAAAAAAAAUGCAUUCACAGGUAGAAGGCUCAUAGCAGUUCUAAACUAUAGUGGUUUGUUACUGGAGUCGCUUGAACCCUCCAGCCUCGCACGACCAGCUGGCUAACUUAAGGCUCACUUAAGGCCGACUCGACACCGAUUUCGGUCUGCCGACUGUCGGCAGACGGAAAUAGGCGUCGAGUCGGCCUAGUGUGAGUGAGCCUUCAGGUGUAGAUCCGAAAGUCUCUAAAUUGACUCACGUGCUAAUGCCUACAUAAAGUUCAUAUCUUCCGAGUCGAUAGUGCGUUAACAGCUGUUUCCGAUGCCGUGUUUCUGCGUGUGCCUUCAUCUGUAGAUUUCUUACCAGUAUAGUUAUCUCUCCCAACCUAAUGUUUAUCGCGUAUCAUAAGGCAUGUGCGUUCAGUGACCGUGACCGUGCAAAUUCGUUAACUAUUUGUCUGUACCUCUCUGUUUAUGUUCGUGUCUGAUUCUCCACGUUGAAUAAAGAAACAUUGUUGGUUUUUCGGCAUGCGAAUUCUUAACCGCUUUUCACGUAGUUGAUUUGUUUGUGAAGACUUGAUUCUAGUUUGCUUCUGUGUACAACGCGGCGGGUAUAGGUCAAAUAGUUGUUGCGUUCACGCAAAAACGAAUGUAUAUUUCGUGUUUCAUUUUUUUUUUUCAAAUAAAAAGUGUUGCGCUCUA